ACGGUACCCACAAUGCAAAGCUAUGCUAGCUGGUCCCUAGCAGAGCAGCCUGACUGCAAGCAAAAAACAACAACAGGCUACUCUGCGAAGAAGGCAGCUGCAUGGAUAGCGACAACACUUACGACCAGGAUUUCACGCAUGCAGAGAAUUAUCUCAAACCAAAAUGCAUCUUAGCCUUAUAAUCAGCGGUGGCGGCAGCAGCGGUGCCAUGAACAGUGGACUCCCAGCUUCAGCUGCUCCGCUCGGGGGUGUCGGGAUACCCAAUGUGAAGGUGAAGUUUUGCCGAUAUUACGCGAAAGACAAAACCUGCUUUUAUGGAGAAGAGUGUCAGUUCCUGCAUGACGAUCCGUCCAUGGGAAGCCUGCCGCUGCACGGCGGCGGUAGCCCCGUCCCGUUGUCCAUGGCUGGGGGUGGCGGGACGCCAGCUGUGUAUUCCCUUGGCAGCUCAGCGGCGGCCUGUCCGGGUGGCGGGGGGACUGGUGUGUCCAAGAAAAGCGAAACAUUGGGCCCUGCAAGCACGUCUCUGGAGGGGCAGCUAUUAACCAUCCCAGGGAUGGAGGGUGCACCCCUGAGCGAUGCCAAUCUCACAAACUCGUACUUCAGCAGCAGCUUUAUUGGGGUCAAUGGGUUUGGAAGCCCAGCAGAGUCUAAAUACUCAAUGAUGCAGCGAAUGACUACCAGCAGCAGCUCUCCCAGUCUCCUCAACGAUGGUGCCAAAAACUUUAGCCACAGCACUCAUGAUCCAGUGAACUCCCCGACAUCUUCACUGUUCAGUGAUUUUGGUGCUCUUAGCAUUUCCCAAAGGAGAAAGACUCCAAACCCUGCAGCAAGUGAAUUCAUCCCCAAAGGAGCUCCACGAAUGGCCACCAUGGCUCAGUCCACUGUCCAGGCAUUCCCCUCGCCUAUCUUCCCACAUCCUGGCCUUAGUAGCUCAACAGCUGCUGCACUUGCUCCUGGCAUGUCUCUGUCUGCCGGAUCUUCUCCUCUCCACUCCCCAAAAAUCACACCGCACACCUCACCUGCUCCUCGUCGACGCAGUCACACCCCAAACCCUGCCAACUACAUGGUGCCCACCACUGCAGCUGACCAGGGUACUCACAUAAUCCAGAAAGAGACUGUAGGGGGGACCACCUACUUCUACACAGACAACACCCCAGCACCAAUGGCUGGGAUGGUGUUUCCUACCUACCAUAUCUAUCCUCCCACUGCGCCCCAUGUGGCUUACAUGCAGCCAAAAGCCAAUGCCCCGUCCUUCUUCAUGGCUGAUGAACUUCGACAGGAGUUGAUAAACAGACAUCUGAUAACCAUGGCCCAGAUUGACCAUUCAGAGAACCCAGAUGUACCAUCUGAGGUGGACAGCUACCACAGCCUCUUCCCCCUCGAGCCCCUCCCUCCACCAAACCGCAUGCAGAAGACCAGCAACUUCAGCUACAUUACCUCCUGCUACAAGGCGGUCAACAGCAAGGAUGACCUGCCUUACUGCCUGAGGAGGAUACACGGUUUCCGCCUUGUUAACACCAAGUGCAUGAUGUUGGUGGACAUGUGGAAGAAGAUUCAGCACUCAAACUCUGUAACGCUGAGGGAGGUCUUCACCACGAAGGCAUUUGGAGACCACUCGUUGGUGUUCUCCUAUGACUUUCAUGCGGGUGCAGAAACCAUGUUCAGCAGACACUUUAAUGACCCAGCAGCAGACUCGUACUUUACCAAGAGGAAGUGGGGACAACAUGAACCCCCACCGCCACGGCAGCAUGCAGGUCUGCUCCCCGAGUCUCUGAUAUGGGCCUACAUUGUCCAGCUCAGCUCGGCCUUGCGCACCAUCCACACUGCCGGACUGGCCUGCCGUGUCAUGGACCCCAGCAAGAUUCUUAUUACUGGCAAGACCAGGUUACGGGUGAACUGUGUUGGGGUGUUUGAUGUCUUAACUUUUGACAACAGUCAGACCAAUCAUCUUGCCCUAAUGCCACAGUACCAGCAAGCAGACCUUGUGUCGCUGGGCAAGGUGGUGUUGGCGUUGGCAUGUAACUCCCUGGCUGGUAUUCAAAGGGAGAACCUGCAGAAGGCCAUGGAGCUGGUGUCUAUCAACUACUCUUCAGACCUCAAGAACCUCAUUCUGUAUCUGCUGACUGAACAGUCUCGUCUGCGCAGCGUCAAUGACAUUAUGCCAAUGAUUGGAGCUCGAUUCUACACACAACUGGAUGCAUCGCAGAUGAGAAAUGAUGUCAUUGAGGAGGAUCUGGCCAAGGAGGUGCAAAAUGGCCGCCUCUUCCGCCUGUUGGCCAAACUGGGCACCAUCAACGAGCGGCCAGAGUUUCAGAAGGAUCCAACGUGGUCGGAGACAGGUGACCGCUACCUGCUGAAGCUUUUCCGGGAUCACUUGUUUCACCAGGUGACAGAAGCUGGGACGCCAUGGAUUGACCUUAGCCACAUCGUUUCGUGUCUCAACAAACUGGAUGCGGGCGUUCCUGAGAAGAUCAGCCUGGUGUCUCGGGAUGAGAAAAGCGUCCUGGUUGUGACCUACUCGGACCUGAAGCGCUGCUUCGACAGUACCUUCCAGGAGCUGCAGGCUGCAGCCUCCGGCUCUCUGUAGCGCCCUCUUUGGGCCCAGGAUGGUACUACCAGUACCUGGAGUACACUAUUGCACUACAGCGGAGGACCAGGCUCAUGGAGAUAACAUCAGCAUGGCAAAAGCAGCGGGGCGGGGCUUCGUGAACCUCAGUCACAUACACUGACCGUGUCCACCCGGAAGGCUUUUUCUAAAGUGUAUUUUUUUUAGUUUUCCUAAACCCCGCAGCUGAAAAUCGUAAAACAAAAGGAAAAUAAUGUUAAUGGACAUAAACGGAACCUGUGACGAACGAGUAUGAUGACAUUUUUUUAGAUUUGGGGAACAAAACAAGAAACAAACCAUGUGGUUUGGAACUUUUUUCUGGCUUUUAUUGUUUAUUUCUACAGUUGGGGUUCAUUUUUGUGAGGGGGAUGCACUAAGAUUUUAAUUUUUUUGUUAAUUUUUGUUAUUUUUAUCAAUAUGUGUGAGUGGCCUACAGGGUGUACAGAGAGCUAAAGUCACACACGGACAUAAAUACCAGAGCAGACUGAGUUAAAGCAAACAACAAAAAA